GGACACGGUGGACGAAUGACGUCUCACAGUGAGCUGCACAGACCUUCAGCUCCUCACAGCACUGUGGAGAGGAUCAGUUUGUCCGUCCUGCCUCCUGCCGUCCAUCAGUUCCUCUUCAGCCAAUCAGAAGAGUUUCAGGUGUCUCACCUGGUCUUCAGGGCGCUGUUUGGAGCAGUGAGCGGUGCAGGUCUGUUCCUCGGAGUCUCUCACAGCCUCCCACUGACCUUUGACCUGAAGCUGGCAGCAGCAGCGUUCUUCAUCGCUGUGUGUACAGUGGGCGGAGCUUUGUCUUCCUCCGCCAGGUGUUCUGUCCUCCUGAUGUUUCCCAGCAUGCUCGGCUCCCGCGGUCGAGCCUACCUGAUGCUGUUCAUCCUGACGGUGCUCUACAGAGGUCCAGUGUGUAACAUCCAGCGUAACGUGGAGACUGCUGCUCUGUCUCUGAGCUGUAAUCUGGAUCUGCAGGUUCAUCACAGCAAGUUACUGUGGAGGGACGCCAUCAGGCCGUUUGUCCUCAUCACACAGGAGCUCAAGGAUGACGAAGCAGAGUUUCAGUCAGAGGCUCGAAGCGUCAGCGAGAAGUUUCAGAACAUCAGAGACGAGGUCGUCCUUCAGUACGGAUAUGACCGGUUCAAACUCAAACACACCAUCGCCCUCGGCAACAGCACCCAGGAGCAGUUCACCUCCAAGACCAUGAUGCAGUGCGACAGUGUGGUGGAUACAGGUGUGCAGCGAUGUGUUAAGUGGUUCAACAACAGGUGGGCGGAGUGUUUGGCGGCGAUCCCCGUCCCCAUCAUCAACCACGUCCUCUGCAUCUCCAUGAAGUUCCACUUCCUGUGUGAUGUCAUGAGAGCGAUGACUCCGUGGUGCAGGGAGCAGAUCCCGUUGGAGGGAAACUUUGGUCGUCUGUUUGAUGGGCUGAACCUCUCAGUGGACCUUCUGUCCAGAGAGUUCAGCACCGACGUCGUCCUGCAGGAGGCGCAGCAGCAGGAGGUGCUGGGUGGAGCCGUGCUGGAUGAGUUCACUCAGGCUGUCGGAGGAUCCUUCCAGAGGCUGAGGACGACCAUGGAGCAGCUGCUCAACGUCCUGCAGCUGCUGCUCUCCUUCACCUUCAUCACCAUCUUCACCCAGGCCUUUGGUUACCUCAGACAGUACAGGAGGGAUGUUCGAUUCGACAACGCUUACAUCACCACAUACUUCAGACAGAUCGAUGCCCGCAGGAGGAAAGCGGGGAAGCGCCACCUGCUGCCUCUGAGUCAGUCAGAGAAGAAGAAGUUAAUCGACCCCUGGAGUCCAAAGAUCCACUCUGAGGAGCUCCAACAAGUGACGUCAGGUGUGUUUCAGGUGCUGUCUGUCACUCUGCUGUCUGUCGUCCUGCUGACCAUUGACUUGUCUCUGUUCCACGUGUUGGACGUCAUCAGCAGACACACCUUCACCCAGUUCAACCUGACCAGUCUUCACGAGGUGGACAUCAAAGUGGGCGGAGACUCCAUGAUGGCCCGCCUCCUGAGGAAGACAGUGUUAGCCUUCAACAGCUCGUCCAGCUUCGACAUCCACACCGACAACCAGGUGUGUGUGUCUCCCCCCUCCUCCCUCUCUGCAGGUGUGUACAUCAGCUGUGUGUGUUGUGUGCUGUUGGUGGCGCUCUGCAGCUGCCUUCAGGUGUACACCAACCGUCUCCGUCGGGUCAUCGCCGCCUUCUACCACCCACAGAGGGAGAAGAGACGUGUCUUGUUUCUCUACAACCUGCUGAUCCAGAGACAGAUUUCCUCUGCAGGCAGGAAACGCAUCAUCACCCAGGAACAGAGCAGCAGGACAGUGUUUCAGUGUUUGUCCAGGUGUCAUUGUCACAAACAGGAAGACUCAGAGGAGACGCUCUAUGACACCGCUUAGACCUGGACAGGAAGUCCCACCUGCUGCUCGCUGACUUUAAAGAAGACGACGAUGGUCAGAUAAACCUGCAGCUUUAAACUGAGUCUAAAGAAGAGAAGAAGAGCUGCACUGUGCGUAUCAUACAGGUGCUGAAUGUGUCUCCUUCAUCAUAAAACACCUGCAGAGUAAAUAUUCACAAACCUGCAUGUUUACUUGUUUACUUGUUUACUUGUUUACUUGUUCCCAGUUCUUUCUGUCGGAACAUCGCUGACACAUUACUUCUAUCUGUACAUCAGAGGAACACUGUGGUGUGACACCAGUGACAGGAAGGUGAAUCAUAUCGCUGUUUGCUUACGUAUGUGCACGCUGCACAAGACAAACAUGAAGGGCCACUUAUUGAUGCUGCAGAGUGAACAGCUCUGAGGGUCUGAGGCUUCACAACUCAGCAGGACUGAGACUGUUUUAAACUCUCACAUUAAAAGUGCAGAUUGUGACUCUGGAGGGAGAGUUGAUUGUUUCGUCUCAUUUCCAGGUCGUCAACACUUCAGGUGAGUGAGUCGGUCCAGAUACAAACCUGAAGCAUCAGUAUUUGAGACUCAACAGUUAACUUCCUC